AUGGAGGGAGGCAUGAAAACCCCACACUUCUACGACUUUUUAACUAAGUUUAACCCUGAUAACUUGUCAGUUCAUAAAACUACCAAAAUUGCUGAGUUGUUAUCCAGUAAAGAUAUCAAAGUUAUUUUCUUACCUUCUUACACUCCUGAAUUGAAUCUAAUCAAGAAAAAGAAUAAUAUCCUUAAAGGAAAUUUAAGAAAGACAGAAGAAAGAACUAAGGGAAGAUUAUAUUCAGUUAUUGAAGAAAGAGUCAAAUUCUUUCAGAAAGAAGAUUUAACUAAGUAUUUGAAUAACUCAGUAAAAGAGUGUUUAAUGAAACUCAAUGCUACUUCUACGACUACAAGUAUUUUUGGAAUACGGAAAAACGAAAUAGUGGGUGUCAAGCUUCGAGGGAAAAUUAAUCAAUGCGAUGAGUGCAAAGAGGAAAAAGUUAUUGCUUCGGUAGCAUUACAUGGAGAGAGAGGAUUAGUAAAGUUUUGCUUCGACUGUCUUCCUAAUUCAAUAGGAACCGAUUUUAUUCAAGAAGCAAGGGAAAUAGUUUUCAAACCAGAAGAAUUUUGUCAAAAACAUAAUCGACCAAAAAACACUGAUGGAAUUUAUCCUUUAUCGCCUACUGAUGUUUUGAAAGACAUUGAAGAACCAAUCGAACCUUUUAUUAGAAAUGUCCUUACUGACGUUUAUCGAAAUUAUGCUUGUUAUGAAGAUGAAGAAAGGAUUGUCAAAUUAAUUGUAGAUGAAAUUUUCCAACCCCUUACUAACAAUAAAGUAGGAAUUAACGACCCAAAUGAUUUUUACAAAGAUAUCCAUUCUCGGGAAUGCUUAGAUAAGAAAAUUAAAGGCGAAUACUUUACUAAUAAAGUUAGCAAAAAAGAAAAGAAUUGUUUUUUCGCCCGUGUUUUUUCAGUUUUGAAAGGAUAUUCGAAUUAUACUCUAAUUGAAUUACAACAAAAAGGACUAUGUUUUGGAAUCAAGGCGGAGGAUAAAUCUUUGAAGCGAUUAGUGGAAGUUCUUCAAGAAUUUGGUUACAAGGAAGAAUGA